GCUUUUUGCUCAUUAGGUUCUGCUUGGUUCUUAUUAUUGAAUGUGGGUAUUUUUGGUAUCUGAUUUUUCUCUAAGUUUCAAGAUUUUGUGCUCGUUCCUUUUCUGUUAUUAGGCAUUUGUAGUUCUUUAUCUUAGCUUUUUCUUUUGUUAAAUUUGCUUGAGGUAUUGGGUUUGUGCAAUUUGAUUUGAAGAAAAAGGGCAAUCUUUUAGCUUUUUGUAGACUAAUAAAGCUUAGUGUCUUAAAAACGUUGAAGUCUUUUGUAACUUAAGGGUGUGGCCUAGUGACCAAUGAAGUUGAUGGAGAACCACGAGGUCUCAGGUUCGAAUCUAGCGGGGGCAAAAAGAAAAUACUUGGUGAAUUUGCCCAAGACCCAAUACUUGUGCUCGUGGUGGUAGCAGAUACCCGGUGGAAUAGUCAUGCCGCAAACUGGCCUACAAGUGGGGUUUGGAGAGGGUAGAUAGUACGUAGACCUUACCCCUACAGUGAAUGUAGAGAGAUUGUUUGCAGUAGACCCUCGGCACGAGAGAAAAUGAAGGUCUACCCUCCCCAGACCCCACUUGUGGGAUUAUACUGGGUUUGUUGUUGUUGUACGGUAGUGUACCCGUACACUACCGUCAUUGAAAAAAAGAAGAAGUUGAAGUCUUUUCUAAAGAGUAGUACUCAAGAACUGUUAAGACAUGUUGGAAUAGGCUGCCAUUGUUCUCUUUAAGUUGCUUAUUAAAAAAGAAGUAAAAUUUGAGGAGGUAAAAGAAAAACAAUGAAUCUUGUAAAUCUGGAAUGUAGGAAUUGGGUGGCCCUAUCUGGUCUGAGUUAAUUUUAUGUUUUUGGUUUUCCAAUUCAACAUUAUUUAUAAUUUCUUUUGGAGGCGGUUUGUGAUUGGAUAAGCUUAAGAUAAAUCAGAAUUGGGGUUAUAGACUUAUAGGGGUGAAAUAAUUUUUGUUUCCCGCUGUUUCUUCUUAUCGUAAUUUCUUUUGCUGAUCCAAUCAGAAGGUAGCUAUCCUUAUCCUUCUCAUUACACUUACUCUAUAUCUAGUUUUGGUUCUUAUUUUGCUUAACAUCUCCUUCGAGAUGGAGUCAUAACUCAUAAGCCAUGGCAUAAAACAUAAAUGAAGCACAAAAACCAUGUAGUGAAUCUCUCGUUAUCUUCAUCAUCAUGAGUGCAGAGUUAAUUGACAGCAGUGAACAAAGAAUCCAUUGACCCUAUCACGAUCAAACUGGUACCAUGGCUCCACUGAGACAGUCAUGCGAUGAGAUUAUUCUAAGCUCAAAAAGGUGUAUUCCGUUUAAGUUCAGGGAUACGGAACAAAAUGGUGGUGACACAUCCAAAAAGAUAGUCGAAGUACUGAUGAUAAACUCAACAAGCGGGCCUGGUCUUCUGUUUCCGAAGGGAGGGUGGGAAAAUGAUGAAACAGUUAAAGAGGCAGCUGUUCGUGAAGCCAUAGAGGAGGCUGGAGUUCGUGGGGAUUUAGUGCAUUUUUUGGGAUAUUACCUCUUUAAAAGCAAAACACUUCAAGACGAGUACAGUCCAGAAGGUCUGUGUAGAGCUGCCAUGUUUGCUUUGUUUGUAAAGGAAGAGCUUGAUUGUUGGCCAGAACAGAACCGCCGGAAAAGAAGUUGGCUAACAAUUCCUGAGGCAAUUGAAUGUUGCCGGCACCAAUGGAUGAGAGAGGCUCUUGAGGAAGGAUUUCUGAAGUGGCAUGAGGGUGGUAUGGUAAGCACAAUUAACAACGACGAGGACUAGUUUUUCUCUUUACUCCUCCCUGACCAACAUUGAAGGUUUUUAGACCAAUUUGAAGUUAUGUUCUUUUAGAUAUUGAACCAUGUUUUGAUGAUUUUUAACUGAUUCAUUGCUUUCCCAGAAAACUGAUGGAGAACCAGAUAGAAAAGAAACAAGAAAAUUAUUCCCAUCUUCAUCAUUUUCUUGCUAACUACAUUUGGUUACACAAGUAGUGGACUAACCAUACUAGUCAGAUUAACAGAUGAUGCUUUUCUGUGUAACUACAAUUUCAUGAUCUAUUCUUCAUUUCUUGGACA